GAGGAUAGUCUCGGUCAGGAAGGGAUAUGCGAGUUCGUGGCACACUUGUCGAACUGCUUAUUUGAUUCGUUCACUACUCAGAUAACCAAAGAAUAUUGGGAUGAUCUUCUGCUCAGGACUGUUCGUUCAUGUAUUACUGAUAACAAUCGUCACGUUCUCUUCAUAAAUGAUGCAUUCUUCACAGAGUGCAUUCGUGAUGUUGUGUUGAGUGAUAUUAAUGAGCUUCUCAAUAACGGGGGACUAUCAAUACGCUUGUUCACAUAUGAAAUCGUUGAGGAACUUAUCGAUAAAGUCGCCUUGAGUUCAUAUGUGCAAAUAUCAGACUUGAGCAGAAAAUUUCUGGCAAUUCAUUCAUUCCUACCGUCUCUCGGAAUCCUUCCAUUGUCAUCUUGCUUGAUCAACUUUGUUGAAACGUUCUGUUUCAUUUUCGAGCGUCGCAAAGACGCAAUUCGGAAACGUCAAAAGAGGUACGAACUCGGUCUAGAGAAGGUUGUGCGAGCUGAACAACAAAUAAGGGAUUUGCAGUCUGAAAUUGCACGCCUUCAGCCAGAACUUAUGAGAACGUCUACAGAAACGAGCAUACUGAUGAGUAGAAUUGAACAAGAAACAAUUGAAAUGGAGAAUGCACGUGAAAUCGUCGCAGCUGAUGAAGCUCGUGCUAAUGCAGCAGCCACAAACGCACAGACGUUAAAGUCAGAAAGUGAACAAGAGCUGGCUGAUGCAAUGCCAGCAUUAGAUAGUGCAAUCGAUGCACUUCAUACGUUGAAUCACCGUGAUAUCAGCACCUUAAAAUCGAUGCGAUAUCCACCGCGAGGUGUUCGUCUUUGCAUGGAGGCUGUAUGCAUUCUACUUGAUGAAGCACCUGUAAAAACAGUCGACUCGCUUGGUCAUGUCACAAUGGAUUACUGGGUGAAAGGUCAAAAAGUGCUAUCGGAUCUCCGUUUUCUCACUCGUAUACGCAACUUCGAAAAGGAUACCAUUCCCGCAAAGACCAUUGACAUAAUCCGAAAAAAAUAUCUAUCAAUGGAUGAAUUCGAUCCUGAAGUUUCGUCAUUGGCUGCCGAGGGUCUGUGUCUAUGGGUAAAAGCUAUUGAUGCAUAUGAUCGUAUUGCAACAAUCGUUGCGCCGAAGCGUGAAAAACUCAAAGCAGCUGAGCGUUAUGUCAAAAAACAAAUGAAACAACUAGAUCUGCGUCGAAAAGCGCUUCAGGAGGUAACAGAACAUUUGCAAUCGUUAAGUGAUAGCUUCAGUCGUAUGAGUCAGCGAAAACAAGAGUUACUUCUACAAAUCCAGUCGUGCGAACAACGAAUGACAAGAAUACAAAGACUUGUUGUAGCACUCGGAGGAGAGAAAGACAGAUGGCAAAGCCAGUUGUUUGUCGAACUGAAUGACGAACUAGAACGUGCUGAGCAAAACGCUUUGCUAGGAUCGAUUGCCAUUGAAUAUUUAUCAGCGUAUACAUCAAAAUCCAGAAAUGAUGUGCUUGAUAAGAUUCGCGAACAUCUUGGAAUUAUGGAAGCAUUCAAUCUGCAAAUGAUUUGUGAUGGGGAACGUCCAUCCGAAAACGCCAUAAUGUUGGAGAAUUCACGGCGAGUACCGCUCAUCAUCAAUUCUCGAGGUGAAGCGAAAUCAUUUCUCAGACAGUUGCAUGCUGAUCGAUUGCUUGUCGUUGACGUAUCUGAACGGCGAUUGCCGAGUCUCAUUCAAAACGCAAUCACGAGCGGUACUGCAGUUCUAGUGGAAUCGCUUCAGCACGAAACCAUUCCACCGUUUAUACUUUCAGUUCUUACAUUCCACAUUAUCUCACUGAACAAACAACAGUUUGUGAUAUUCGACGGUAAAAAAAUCGCUUACAACGAUGCAUUUCGACUCUAUCUGUGCACCGACAAACCACGUACAAGUUUCUCGGCUGCUUUCCUCUCUAAAAUUGUACCAAUCGAGUGCGCAAUGAGCGAUGAAGAGAUUCAUGCCAAAUUGUGGCAAGUUAUAUAUUCGAGUACAGCUCCGGCACUUCAGAAAAGAAGCAAAGAAUUGAGUGAAGAAAAAGUGCGCCUUGAUCAACAACUCGCAAAGUGUGAGCAAAAUCUGUUGACAAUGUUAGCGAAUGUUGGUGAAUUAGAAGACGAGAGAGCGAUCGAAUUGCUAUCGGAAUCGAAACAGCUAAAUCUCGAAAGCGAUUCUGUUACGGUAAAGUUUUUACUUCGGCCUAUAUUUUUAACGUUGGCUAAAGUGGAUUGGCAGAAGUUGAGAGAUCUUUCGAAGAGUGACUGUGAAACAUCAACAAUUGAUAUUUUCAAGGCUCAUUUAGCUGCUGAUUAUCACACACCAAUUGCGUUGAUUGUUCGACAAGAAUCAUUAUCAGUUCUUCGAAUGCUUGAACAGCUUAUGGGAUCAAGAAAAAGCGAACUGUACAUGAAAAGUGUCGACGAAACUAUGCUUCACGUUCAUUCGGUGACUGAAGAUCUCAGCAAAAUACCCAUCAGCACAAUCAUGAAAUCGGGAGAAUGGAUUCUUUUUGAGGAUGCUCAUCUGGUGUCGUCAGCACAGCUGCAAAUUCUCGAAGAAAUCCUUUCCAAGAUUAAGAAUGCGCAGAAUAUCAAUCAAGCAUUCCGUGUUUUCUUUUCAAUAUAUUCGGAUGAACAACCGCAGCCCUUUCUUGACCACUGUCAACUUAUUGCAAUCGAGAUUCCGAACAGACUGCCCGAUUUUAUCCGAUAUUGCUACGAUAAUGGGCCGGCAACUGAGAUCAGUGACCGUCUGGAUACAGACGAUAAACGAUCACAGCUUUAUCGCAUUUGUUUGCUGCAUUUUGCAAUUCGUCAGCGAUGUCGAUACGGUAUUUACGGAUGGUCGAAGCCUUUCGAAGUUGGCGAUGUCGAGCUACAGCUUUCACUGCAUCUUUUUCGAGACUUAGCGGCGUCGCAAGCAAGUGUUGCGAUGGGAAGCCUACGAAUAAAUGUCCUGGAUUUGGUGUAUUUGAGUAGAAUUGAUAACGACUAUGAUCAAAGAGUAUUUUGGUCAAUUUGUGAUUGGCUCUUUGAUAAGACCAACGCGAUGAUUGAAGGAAUAAUUCCAAAAUCAUUUUGGACAAGUCAUAUUAUACAUCAUUCAGACACCGCCACUAUCAAAUCGUACAUGCUGAGCGGAUUGAAUGAAAAUGUGGAGAAAGUAUUCACAAAGAAACGAUUUCAGAAGAUGGCUUCCAAGAUUCACAUCAUGUUUGGAGUGGACGAUGAGAAACAAGAAGACGAGACGCUUGAAACUGGCACUGAAGAAACUGAAGUAGUAGAAAACGACGAAGUCGAAGUUACUGGUAGCCUAUUCGUUCAAUGUAUUCAGCAAGAGCUGAACUCGCAGCAGAGAAGUGCUCACCGCUCUGAUCAAUCAAAGCAACUCUAUCUGACUUCACUUCUCAGUCAAACUACUACUAUCGACACGGUUGAUGUUUCGCAAAUGGAACGCCCUUCUGCGUUGAUUGCAGCUCUUCGUCUUGAAUAUUCAGCUAAGCAAGAAAUUGGUCUCGAACAGGUUGUGUGUUGUGCGCAGUUGAGUAAACCAGCAGAAACUGAGGUAAAAUAUACGCAGUUCGUUGGGUGCGUAUUAUUGGGAUGCAGAUACGAUGAAGCAAAUGAUGAACUGCUGGAACUGCAGACUUCACGAAACGAGCAAGACGCACAAGCGUAUCAACAACUGAAAGCAAUUUGGAUUCGUGCUGAUCGCAAAUCAGUGAUUCCGGACGAAACGAUCCCGAUAACCGUCCAUGAUCGUCACAGUUUAGAGGCUAUUCUCGAAGUGAACGUUCAUUCAAAACUUCCCUUAGCGCAUUGGUUACUCAGAGGUGCUAGAAUCCUCACUUAUUCGCCUAGCUAA